GGACACAGUGCUGUACCAAGAUGACACAAAGUCGCGGAUGAUCUUGGCGACGGUGUUUUCGAUCUCGCGGUCGAGCAGCUGCUCACUGUCUACGGAGGAGGAAACCCUCUCCAUGGUGACAAACCGCUCCAGGUGAAGGACCCUGUCUGAAUCGAGGAACACCUGAGAUAAGAGCCAGGCACCCAGCACAACAAGGAAACUUGUGAAUAUGCACAGCAGCCACACGUUCACCAGCAAGUGGAACAAGACCAUCCAGGCUAAGAAAGCACCAACACCCAUCAGCUUUCUCUGGCCCAGCACGUCGACCCAGCCCCAUGAUUGGGGUGCAAGGCCAGCUGGAGAGGGCAUGGUGGCGCCCCUGAUUAAAGAAAAAAAAAAAAAUAAAGUUUAGAUUCACAAAUUACAGCCAGUGUCUCCUCAUUUGACAUACAGGCCGAGGAGAGUAAUUAAGGAGAAGGGCGUGCAGGUCAAAACUGGAAACAAGCCAGGGCAGCAUCUGUUUUCAUUUUCUUGAGAAUGUCUUGAGCACGAUUUAAUGUGUGUGUGUGUGUGUGUGUGUGUGUGUGUGUGUGUGUGUGUUAAUUUGGACUCGUGUAGGUCUUGCAGAUGGUUGACAGUUGUAGAAAGCACAAAAUGACAAACUAUCAUAACGUUAACGGAAAAAACACUUGUCAAACCAAAUGCAUGGUUAGCAACCCACAAGCUAGCUAGGUAGACAUUUAACCGAAACGCUUCAAUCAUGAUUCUGAUAUAGUCUCUAAGGUAUAGCCGUUUCUAAGUACAAUGUCUAGCCUUAUACGUAUAGUUAAUAAUAUAUCACACUAUAGUGAGCUUGAUAACAAGCUAUCAUUUUAGCCAGCGAUACAUCGCACUGGCAACUACGGCUAGUUACCUGCUAUCUAUCUAUCUGAUGCAUAACUUAGCAAGCGAAAUGCACCACUUCCAAUUCAGCUGCUAAGACUGUGUGUGAAGAAGCCAAGUCACCAUGAAGUUAUCUUCUUCUAUGGUAUGACAUAGAUUGGUACCAACUCUUCACUGCCACCCGCUGGACUACUGGGAAACGUGAUUAAAAGUGACAUUCUAUCAAAGUGACAUUUCUAUAAAAGAGCAAAAGUGUAGGCCUAGUAACUCCUCUACUCUGUUUCUGUUUGCCUGGAUUUUAAAUUAAAUGGCUAAAUUAAAUGGCUUUUCCCGUGAUCAACUGGAAUUGCAUGAGGUUGUAUAUGCCAAGCCUAGAGGGCCCCUGAUCUGUGGAUAGACCUACAGAGAUUACAACUAACCAUGUCCAUAAUAAGUUUUGAGCAGACAUCAUCACUAGGCCUACAAAAAAGUCCAUGACCUGCCCUGACCAUCACCAGCAACCAGGGGUGGAGUGGUAAAACAAGAGAGUGGAUGAACCUAGAGCCGGCGUGGGAACAGACUUAUCACUGGACAGAAGAGCCCCCCGCACACCCAUGGCCAUGUCAUUACUCUGUGGGCAGUUUCACAGGUCCCGCUUCCUCCCCUCAGGUCCUUUUCGACUUGCACUCCCUAUAUAAAGCUACUCAGCCCUCUCAGUUGUGUCAGAGGUUUUUUUUUUUUACAUGGUUGACAAAAGAGUCUGGCAGAGUUGCCUUUGAUGAAGGUGAGUUUGCCCCUCUUUCAUCUCACAGAAUCUGUACAUUUGUGGGAAAGAAAGAAAAGUUGUCGUCUUAAAGGUUAACAGGACAGUGCUGUAAUGAAAUGUACAAAAUGUGAUUUUGAUGGUAAAAUUUGGUUUCAGGCAGCUCUUUUUUCUUCGCGUAUGCUACAGACUUUUACAUACCCUCGGAGUGUCACACCAAAGAGAAAACAGUUGAGGGGAAAGAUGUCAAAGAGCUGGAUGCUUUGUCGCUAUGCGCCAGUUGCAGUUGUACUUAUCAUCAUCUUCAGCGUUAAAGGUUACAUCGAAGACCCUCUUCUGGCUUGCCUGCAGGAUGCUGACUACAAUGAGCUUCUUGACAUUAUGAAUCAGGGUCUCCCCUUAACCAAAACUCCACAGCAUGUAGUUAUCGUUGGUGGGGGAAUUGCUGGACUGACUGCAGCCGAGCUCUUAGAAAAAGCUGGACACAAGGUGACUAUCAUUGAGGCAAAUCAUCGCUUAGGCGGCCGCGUGGAGACCUAUAGGAAUGAAAGGGAGGGCUGGUAUGCUGAGUUAGGAGCCAUGAGGAUCCCCAGUUUUCACAAGAUUCUGUUCAAUUUGGUGGCUAAGUUGGGACUGCAGCUAAAUACUUUCAUCCAAGACGAUGACGACACAUUUUAUUAUGUCAACGGACUACUUCACAGAACUUCCAUUGUCAAAGAAAACCCAGAUGUAUUAAGAUACCCUCUCAAUGAAGCUGAAAAAGGGAAGUCAGCAAGUCAACUUUUUGAUAUGGCACUAUGGAAGAUGAGAGAUGACUUGAACGCCAUUGGCUGCCAUUCUGUUUUGGAAAAAUAUGAUUCAUACUCAGUAAAGGAAUAUUUGGUGAAAGAGGCUAACCUGAGCCGAGGAGCCCUCAGGAUGAUAGGAGACAUCCUGAAUGAGAACAGCAUUUUUUACACAGCUCUAACAGAGAUGCUGUACAUUCAGUCGGAUAUAAAUGACAACAUUGAGUACUAUGAAAUCACUGGCGGCUUUGAUCUCCUGACAAGAGCAAUGACUGAUAUGCUCAACAGCACCAUCAUUUUCAAUUCAAAGGUCAAACGCAUAACCCAGUCUGACAACAGUGUAACCGUUACAUACCAGGACUGGCGCAACCCCUCAACUCUGUCGAACAUCACCGCUGACUAUGUCUUACUGACUGCUUCGGCGAAGGCCACGUUGUUUGUUGAAUUUCAACCUGCCCUGUCAGAGCUCAAAUUGGAGGCGUUACGCUCGGUCCACUACACCACCUCCACAAAGGUGGUGCUCAGUUUCAGCGAGCGGUUCUGGGAACAGGCUGGCAUUAAAGGUGGCAAAUCCAUCACUGACCUGCCCUCUCGCUUCAUAUACUACCCUAGCCACGGGUUUUCUGGGAAAGGAGGGGCCCUCUUGGCAUCUUACACGUGUUCCGAUGACUCUGCUCUGUUCCAGGGACUGAGGGAUGAUGAGCUGAUGGAAGCAGUGCUAAACGACUUGGUAAAGAUCCAUGGUGAGGGUAUACGUGGUCUCUGCACAGGAGGCGUGGUGAAAAAGUGGGGUUUGGAUCCCUUUAGCCUGGGAGCUUUUGUGAUUUACACCCCUUAUCAGCAGACGGACUACGCCUCUGUUUUGUUCAACAGCGAGCACAGGGUUCAUUUUGCAGGGGAGCAUACAGCGGCUCCGCACGCUUGGAUUGAAACGGCGAUGAAAUCUGCCAUCAGAGCUGCCAGAAACAUUAACAAAUUGACAGUCUAAGAACAUGGAAAAACAGUGCUUGCAGACUGUAUCUGACCAACUCAGGUGUUUUUGUUAAAAGUCUCACCUCCUGCCAUAAACUGCAUUUGUUGAAAAUAUCUGUAUAAUUGGGCAACUCUGCUUUGUUUGAGGAGUAAUAUACACUACUGUACCAUUCAAAAGUUUGGAGCCACUUAGAAAUGUCCUUGUUUUCAUUGUUGCAAAUGACUGUUGUAGAAAGAAAUGGCUGAUCUUUAAUGCAAGUAGCCUGUAUAUGCCCAUUAUCAGCAUCCAUUCAUCCAAUGUUCCAAAGGCACAUCUGACAUCAUUUUAAAAGGCUAACUCAGAAAACAUUGGAGAACCCUUUUGCAAUUAUGUAAGCACACCAUCUAAUCUGAAAACUGCUGCCCUCAAUAAAAAACAACAAUGCAACUGAUCUCAGCUGGUAUUCUGUCUAUAAUGGAAUGGAAAUUCCUAAGUGACCUCAAACUUUUGAAGGACAGUGUAAUAAGUAAUAAAGUUGAAUCUAAUGUGUGAAACAGA